CACAACUUCCUCCCCAACCCAACUUGCUCUGUUCCUUCUCCAAUCUCUCUCUCUCUACCUGCCAAAAUAUUUCCUUCACAUUAACCUUUUAUUGUUUCUUCUCUCUACCCUUUUGAAAGCUGUCUCUGGUCUACAACUGGAACCAUGCCAGAAGCUCCCAAAGCCACAUCCCCAAUCGUCUUUGAUUUUAGUCUUGGAGAAAAGAACAAGAAGAAACUUCAGUUCAUCGAAGAUGUCACCACCAACGCCGACCAAGUCCAGCAGCGAGUGCUCUCCGAGAUACUCUCUCGUAGCGCCCAUGUCGAGUACUUGCAGCGUCAUGGCCUUAAUGGGCGUACCGACUGUGAAUCCUUCAAGAAGCUCUUACCUGUCGUUACUUACGAAGAUCUCCAGCCCGACAUCAAUCGCAUCGCCAAUGGUGAUACUUCCCCCAUCCUCUGCUCCCAACCCAUUUCCGAAUUCCUGACUAGCUCUGGAACAUCUGGUGGGGAGAGAAAAUUGAUGCCCACAAUCGAAGAAGAGCUGGAGAGGAGAUCCUUGCUUUACGGCCUCUUGAUGCCGGUGAUGGACCAGUUCGUCCCUGGCUUGGAACAGGGGAAAGGAAUGUACUUCUUGUUCAUCAAAUCGGAGGCCAAGACACCUAGCGGGCUCGUGGCUCGUCCCGUCCUCACCAGCUACUACAAGAGCUCGCAUUUCAAGAACAGACCCUACGAUCCUUACACCAACUACACCAGCCCGAAUGAGACCAUCCUCUGCUCCGAUUCCUACCAGAGCAUGUAUUCCCAGAUGCUCUGCGGCCUGUGUCAACACAAGGAAGUGCUGCGUGUGGGAGCUGUCUUUGCUUCUGGCUUCAUUCGAGCCAUUCGGUUCUUGGAGAAGCAUUGGACCCUCCUCUGCAACGAUACCCGAACUGGGACCAUGAACCCCCAAAUCACUGACCCAUCUGUGAGGAAAGCGGUCUCCAAGAUUCUCAAACCAGACCCCAAGCUUGCCGAUUUCGUUGAGGCCGAAUGCAGAAGGGAGUCAUGGCAGGGGAUCAUCACGAGACUUUGGCCUAACACCAAGUACAUCGAUGUUAUCGUGACUGGGACCAUGUCUCAGUACAUCCCCACUCUUGAUUAUUACAGCAAUGGCCUCCCUCUUGUGUGUACCAUGUACGCAUCCUCUGAAUGCUACUUCGGCCUCAACCUCAAGCCUCUUUGCAAACCCAGUGAUGUCUCCUACACUCUCCUCCCCACCAUGGCCUACUUCGAGUUCCUGCCCAUCCACAGGAACAAUGGGGUCACCAAGAAUAAGGAGCAGCAGGAGUUGGUCGAUCUCGUCGACGUCAAGCUCGGCCAAGAAUACGAGCUCAUUGUCACCACUUAUGCAGGGCUUUACAGGUAUAGAGUUGGGGAUGUGCUGAGGGUGGCUGGAUUCAAGAACAGGGCCCCCCAAUUCAAUUUCGUGUGCCGGAAGAACGUCGCUCUUAGCAUCGAUUCCGACAAGACCGACGAGGUAGAGUUGCAGAAUGCGGUUAAGAAUGCUAUUAACCAUCUGGUUCCCUUCGAUGCAUCUCUGGCUGAGUACACAAGCUAUGCCGACACAUCCACCAUCCCAGGACAUUAUAUCCUCUACUGGGAGCUUCGGCUUGGUGGGUCGACCCCAAUUCCACCUUCGGUGUUCGAGGAUUGUUGCCUCACGGUGGAAGAGUCUCUCAACAGUGUAUACCGGCAGGGACGAGUCUCAGACAAGUCAAUUGGACCCCUAGAGAUUAAGAUUGUGGAGGCGGGGACUUUUGAUAAGCUCAUGGAUUAUGCUCUUAGUAUGGGUGCUUCCAUUAACCAGUACAAGACACCCAGAUGUGUGAAAUUUGCACCCAUUGUAGAGCUCCUCAAUUCCAGGGUUCUCUCUAGUUUCUUCAGUCCCAAAUGCCCAAAAUGGAUUCCAGGCCAUAAGCAAUGGUGCAAGAAAAACUAAAAUGGAGUUGGUAGUUGAACAGAGAAGGAACAGAUUCUCUCUGUGAAUCAUCUUGUAGGUUUAGAACCAAGGAAUAUCCCUCUUAGAUUAAUCUGCCCCCAUCCCCCACUUCCAACGAUCCAGAUCCAAGGGUUGGGAUGAUUUGAUCACACAUCCCAACACUUGGUAAUGUGCGUCCAAACAAUCCCAGCCCUUGGACAGAUCAUUGGACGCUCGUUGGUGUUAGAAACUAUCUUUUCCACACUUCUGUCUUCUUUUUUUUUUUUUUUCGUUUUUCUUUCCUUUAACUGUUGUUUAAGAUUAGCCAAUAUGCAUAGAAUUCGAAUUGGCACUGUACAAAAGCAAUUCCUGUUUGAUGGAAAUAUAUAUAGUUUAUUAUUUUUUUCUUUC